AUGCAAGCCAUCAAAUGUGUGGUGGUCGGUGACGGGGCUGUAGGAAAGACCUGUCUGCUGAUCAGCUACACUACAAAUGCCUUUCCUGGAGAAUACAUUCCCACUGUCUUUGACAACUAUUCUGCCAAUGUAAUGGUGGAUGGGAAGCCAGUGAACUUGGGCCUUUGGGAUACAGCAGGACAAGAGGACUAUGACAGACUCAGACCAUUGUCUUACCCACAGACGGAUGUGUUCUUGAUAUGCUUCUCCCUGGUCAGUCCGGCCUCCUUUGAGAACGUCCGAGCUAAGUGGUAUCCUGAGGUGAGACACCAUUGUCCCAACACACCCAUCAUCUUGGUGGGAACAAAACUGGAUCUGCGAGAUGACAAGGACACCAUUGAGAGGCUGCGGGACAAGAAGCUGUCCCCUAUCACCUAUCCUCAGGGUCUGGCUAUGGCCAGAGAGAUUGGUGCUGUGAAGUACUUGGAGUGCUCUGCGUUGACCCAGCGAGGGCUGAAGACUGUAUUUGACGAGGCCAUCCGAGCCGUGCUCUGCCCCCCACCAGUGAAGAAGAGGGGGAAGAGAUGCACCAUGUUCUGAGAGAAGACACCGCUGUAACAAAACACUGCGUCACCAUAAACAAUAACCACUAUUUCUCUGAGAGGAUGAGACAGAACAUUAGUGAGAGCGAGUGUGCAAUUCUGUAAUUACUUAAUAUUGGUGUUUUUGCAAAACCACAGUGGUGA